AUGGCAUUUACUGCAAGCAAGGUUCCAGGUGGCUCUGUGGUGACUAAUAGAGUUGGUAAAAGUAGGCCACAGGGUAAAAUCUAUCCUACAAGUCAAGGGUUUGUGCAUCCACAACUGAGAAAUGCACAGCCUUUGAUGGCAAAAUUAAGCUUUCCAAAUGAAAGUUUGGGAACCAUAUAUGGAAAAACAGAUGGUUUCACUGUCCCACGGGGAUCUUCCAUGAUAUGCUUGUCAACGGGAACUCAAAAUUCUGAAGCAACAGAAUCUGUUAAACCUUAUGCAGAUUGCUCUGAUGUAUCUGGUGCUCAGAUUGGGGAGGAGGAAGUUGGUCAUUCAGCCAUCCCUGGAAGAACCAUACACUCAAGUCUAGGCUUGGCAGAAGCUUGUAGAUUUGUAUGCAAUGACGCAAAGUUUGUGAAUGAAAGGGCCCGUAAUGACAUUAUUCUGCUUUCUCGUGGCAUAAUGAGGUUGGAUGCCCGUGUACGUCAGGAUGUUGCUAUUCUUGGGUCAGGAUUUCUUAAACUUGAUGCUAGGGCACGGGAAGAUACUGAAAAAAUUGACCGAGAUGUGAAGAAAAAGGCUGAACGUCUUCAUCAUAUUGCCACUAUCUUAAAAGACAAGGCACAAUCUAGAUUGAAAAGUGCUGCUGAUAAACAUUGGAGUGAUGGCGCCUUGGAGGCUGAUCUGCGCCGUGCUGACUUCCGUGCUAAGCAGCGUGCAAUGGAGGAUGCCCUAAUGGCUUUGGAGUUUAUGAAAAAUAUUCAUGACAUGAUGGUGAGCAAGGUGUACAAGUUUCCAGCACAGUGGGAAAAAGGUUCACUAUCAGCUGAUGACAUAAUGCUUGAGAAAAAUGGGAAGACCCUUGAUUUCUUUAAUGGUGAAGUGUCUACUGACCGCAUUAAUGCUAUUCAGGAAGCUUACUGGAGUAUAGCAUCUGCACUCUCUGAAGCUGAUGGAAUUGACUACACGGAUCCUGAAGAGCUGGAGUUGUUAAUCACAACUCUUAUAGAUCUUGAUGCAAUGGAUGGUAAAAGCAGUGUUUCAUUGCUGGCAGAGUGUUCGAGUUCUCCGGAUGUCCGUACGAGACAAGCAUUGGCUAAUGCACUGGCAGCAGCUCCAUCCAUGUGGACCCUCGGAAACGCAGGCAUGGGAGCAUUGCAGAGACUAGCAGAAGACAGCAACCCAGCUGUAGCUGUCGCAGCAUCCAAAGCAAUCUAUGAACUAAAGAAACAAUGGGAAAUUGCAGAAGGUGAUAACUGGAGGUUCAUGAUGAAUCUGAAGCCAGUAGAGGAAAUAGAUGGUGAAGGUGACAAAGAUGAUGCAGAUAAAAACUAAGACGUAAUUUAAGAAUUAUACUGUAGAUAUCUACACAUAGGUUUAAAUAGAUGUAGGAUAAUUCUACUAUCACAAGAAGUGAUAAGUUCAUCUAUCCAUUAAGAUCUCAGUGCUUCCUCUUAACAUCUUUCCAAUUGCUUGUUUCAUAAGAUAAAGUAUAUGCACAUCUUGCACUGCUUGAAUCCGAAUUCUCCACCCAAAACCCUCAAUUCUCUCAGCUGCAUAAUUUAUACUCAGCUGGCUCAACAUAAUAGAAUUAUUUAGCUGUGAUUUCAUCCCUUGUGGUGUGAAGCUUAUGUAAGAUCAGCCAGCUCGUUUCUUAAUUAAUGAAGUCUUAAUUAAUGAA